AUGAUUGACAAAAGUGUUUGGAAUCCUGGUCGUUUUCUGACCGAUUAUUCUCGACUAAGCCGCUCGCUGGGAAGUGGCAAUAUUGAGAAACUUGGAAAAUCUGCUACCUGCAACUACUAUCUCGCUACCAACUUUAAAAUAGGAGACGUGAAUGAACUUAGAGCCAGAGGUCUUCAUUCGCAGAUCUCAUUAAAUUCAAUUUACAAGUUACAAGUUACAAGUUACAAGUUACAAGUUACAAGUUACAAGUUACCUAGCUAG